GUAGGCUUUGGUGCAAAAUAUGCUUUAAAUUAAAUGCGGUAAACCUUAUAUUCUCAGAGGAAUGUACAAACACAUGAUAACUCCCAUUAUUGAUGUGUUCCUCUCCUCUUUAGGUGCGCUUAAUGAUCACAGAUGCUGCAAGACACAAGCUCCUUGUACUAACUGGACAGUGCUUUGAAAACACAGGACAACUCAUUCUUCAGUCAGGGACCUUCUCCUUUAAUAAUUUUAUUGAGAUCUUCACAGAUCAAGAGAUUGGUGAAUUAUUGAGCACCACGCACCCUGCCAACAAAGCCAGCUUAACUCUUUUCUGCCCUGAGGAAGGAGAAUGGAAAAAUUCUAACCUUGACAGACACAACCUUCAAGACUUUAUUAACAUUAAGCUCAACUCAGCUUCUAUAUUGCCCAAAAUGGAAGGACUCUCUGAAUUCACUGAGUAUCUGUCAGAAUCAGUAGAAGUGCCAUCACCCUUCGACAUUUUGGAACCUCCAACUUCAGGAGGCUUCUUGAAACUCUCCAAACCCUGCUGUUAUAUUUUCCCAGGUGGAAGAGGUGACUCUGCAUUGUUUGCAGUGAACGGAUUCAACAUGCUUAUCAAUGGAGGAUCUGAAAGAAAAUCUUGCUUUUGGAAACUUAUCCGGCACUUGGACAGGGUAGAUUCCAUUCUACUCACUCACAUUGGAGAUGAUAACCUGCCAGGAAUCAAUAGCAUGCUUCAGCGAAAGAUAGCUGAAUUAGAAGAGGAACAGUCCCAAGGGUCUACUACCAACAGUGACUGGAUGAAAAAUCUGAUCUCACCUGAUUUAGGUGUUGUAUUCCUUAAUAUACCUGAGAACCUGAAGAACCUGGAUCCUAACUUUAGAGUAAAUAGGAGUGUAGAAGAAGCUUGGUUUACUCUCCAAUAUUUAAAUAAAUUGUCUAUGAAACCAGAACCUCUUUUCAGAAACAUAGGAAAUACCACUGACCCUAUAAUUUUAUUUCAGAAAAUGGGAGUUGGCAAACUUGAGAUGUAUGUGCUUAAUCCUAUCAAAAACAGCAAAGAGAUGCAAUAUUUUAUGCAGCAGUGGAGUGGUACUAGCAAAGAUAAAGCUGAAUUCCUGCUACCAAAUGGCCAAGAACUAGACAUUCCAUUAUCCUGUUUCACCUCUGUCUCAUCCCUCAUUGUGUGGCAUCCAGCUAAUCCUGUAGAAAAAAUAAUCCGAGUUCUGUUUCCUGGAAACAGCACACAAUAUAAUAUUCUAGAAGGACUAGAAAAACUCAAACACUUAGACUUUCUUAAACAACCAAUGGUUACACAAAAAGACCUAACUGGAAACAUUGCUAGUCCAGCUGGGAAACAAGCAAAGUUGAAACAGCGAACAGACAGCAAGGAGAGUCUGAAGCCUGCUGCAAAGACACCAAGCAAGCCUGUCAGAAAGGAAUCUAAAGAAGAAACACUGGAGCCUGCAAAACCUAGUCCAGCACCGGAAAAGCUUCAGAAAUUGGAAAGCAAAGAAAAAGUUUCAGUUGAAAAAGAGAAACCAGAAAAAGGGGAGACCAAACCUAUAGUGGCAGAAAAAGAUGUUAAAAGUAAAGAAGAACAAAAAUCUGAAACUCCUGAAAAACAAGCUACACAUGUAAAAGCAAGAGUGGCAAAGGACAAGCCAGUGAAAAAGGAAGUCAAAGCAAAACCUGAAGAAAAGAAAAAUGAAAAACCAAAGGAAGAGGUUUCUAAAAAGGAGGAGAAAAUACCCAUCAAAAAAGAGGAAAAACACAGAAAAGAAGAGAUCAAGCAAGAAGUUAAAAAAGAGGUAAAAAAAAAAAAGAGGGAAACUAAGAAGGAAGUCAAGAAAGAAGCUCCACCAAAGGAAGUUAAAAAAGAAGGUAAAAAAGAAGAAAAGGAAAUUAAGAAGGAAGAAAAAGGAAUCAAAAAAGACAUAAAGAAGGUUCCUAAAGAAACAAAGACAUCUGCUGCUUCAACUGAAGUCAAAAAGCCAACAGCAAAGCCUAAACCACAAAAGAAGGAGGAACCUACUAAAAAAGAAGCUAUAUCUGCUGAAAAGCCAAAGGAAAAAGUAAAAAUUAAGACUGUCAAGAAGGAGAUUAAAGUCAGUGGAGCUCAAGCUGCCCUUGCAACAGUUGGAGCCACCACCACAACUGUAGCAGCUGCAGAAAUUGCAGCUAGUGGAAAAGAACUUCAAGUUGAGAGAUCCCUUUUGUCUUCACCAGAGGAUUUAACAAAGGAUUUUGAGCAAUUAAAAGCUGAAGAAGAUGAAACAAUAAAACAAAUGAAACCUCAAGUUGCACUCAUAGAGGAUGAACUAAGACUUACUGGCAUAGAACAAAAAGAGACCUUUGAAGUCCAAAAAGAAAAAUUAGAUCAUGAAGGACCUGCUGAGUCCUCUGAUGAAGGCAUAACUACCACAGAGGCAGAGUGUAAACAAACACCUGAGGAAUUGGAACCAGUAGAAAAGCACAGGGUUGAUGACCAUGCAAAGUUUGAAGAUGAGAGAACUGUCUUGGAAGAAUCAUAUGAAGGAGGAAAUUAUGAGGAAAAGGCAGAGACAGAGGGAGCUGAAGAGCAAGGUGAAGAUGAGGAGGUAAAGACACAACUGGUCACUACAAAACCAUAUAUGAAGAAAGCAAGAAAAAUGCAAGAGAGUUCAGAAGAAAUAAUGGCUGAUAUUAAAGCCGAAAAUUAUAUUGAAAAGGCAGAUGAUGAGGCAUCAGAUGAACAGGCUGAGGAAGAUGGGGAAGAAGCAGUAGAAAAGUCAGAAACUGAAGAGACUGAAGAAGACAAGGAAGACAAAGCAAAAGACAUUAAAGAUGAAGAGGAGACUGGAAAAAUAGAAGCUGAAGAAGAUUGUGUGAUGGCUGUAGUAGGCAAAGCUGCAGAAGCUGGUGAAGUUGAAGAUAAAUAUGGCCUACUUAUACUUACACCAACAAAACACUCAGAGCCUCAGUCUCCAGCAGUUGAACUGGCUUCUUCCGUCCAUGAAGAAACAUUACCUGGUGGCUCAGAAGGUGAAGCCGCUUUUUCUGAUGAAGAGGAUAGAGAAAAUCCACCUGAGGAAUUCACAGCUACUUCAGGUUAUACACAGUCUACCAUCGAAAUAGCCAGUGAACCAACUCCAAUGGAUGAAAUGUCUAUGCCCUGGGAUGUCAUGAGUGAUGAAACUAUCAACAAGGAAAGUGAGUCACCUUCUCAAGAGUAUAUGUACAUUACCAAGUAUGAGACGUCACUGUACUCUCAAGAAUUUUCUAGACCUAAACUUUUUCCACUUCCAGAUGCUUUUAAUGGAUUAUCAGAGGGAUCUAAAACAGAGGCCACAGAAGGUAAAGGUUAUAAUGCCUCAGCUUCUACCAUCUCACCACCUUCAUUAGAGGAAGACAAAUUCUGUAAAUCUGCAUUCCAAUAUGUAUAUUUUCAAAAAGGAAGUGAAAUACAAGGCACUGACAAAUUAGAAAUCAAAGAACCCUAUCCAGAAGAUGUUGGAAAACACAGUCCAGCCAUGAGCCCAGCUAUGAGUUUGUCCCCUCCAUCACCUGUUGCCAAAACAGUACUGAGUGAACGCAGUGUGAACUUUUCACUAGCUCCCAAUGAGAUUAAAGUCUUGGCUGAGCCUGUCCUCAUUGCUACAUUGUCUGAUGUACAUCAAGAAGUUGCCAAAGAGCACUGUGCAAGCCCUGAAGAUAAAACAUUAGAAGUAGCAUCUCCCUCACAGUCUGCUGCUGGUAGUGCUGGCCACACGCCUUAUUAUCAAUCUCCCACUGAUGAAAAAUCCAGUCAGUUUCCCUCUGAAACCAGUGAUAAGUCAACAGAAGUUCCUGUUAUCUUUGAACCCAGUGAAGACAAAGAUGAGUCUGCCAAACCCAGAAUUAGCCCUAUGGAUGAGCCUGUGCCAGAUUCAGAAUCUCCUAUUGAAAAGGUUCUCUCGCCUCUACGGAGUCCACCACUGAUGGGUUCAGAGGCCACUUAUGAUGCAUUUUUGAGUGUUUAUGGAAAGUCUCCCACCAAAGAUUAUGGAAAUCCUUCUGAGGGGAAACCCCCCCAAAAAAAAUCCCCUGUUCAGAUGAACCCAGCUUCUGAAGACAGCUCUGUGAGCCCUUUCCAAGGAAAACAAGGUGAAAAAAAUAUGGAGUUUAUGGUAAUUAAGGAAGGUUUCAGCCUAGAAAGGAAAAUGGAUGAUACAAUACCCAGCAGCUCUCAGUAUUCACUGAUCUUGGAUGAGCAGAAGUUAGCAGAUGAUCUCUCACCAACUCAAAUAGAUAUCAGUCAGUUUGGUUCCUUAAAGGAAGACACCAAAAUGUCAAUUUCAGAAGGCACUGUUUCUGAUACAUCCGCAACUCCAGUUGAUGAAGUUGUAGCAGAAGAUACCUAUUCCCAUAUAGGAGGUGUAGCUUCUGUCUCUACAGCAUCUGUUGCUACUAGCUCAUUUCUAGAACCAACUACUGAUGAUGUAUCUCCUUCUUUGCAUGCUGAGGUUGGAUCCCCCCAUUCUACUGAAGUUGAUGAUUCCCUUUCAGUGUCAGUUGUACAAACACCAACAAUGUUUCAGGAAACAGACAUGUCUCCAUCUAAGGAAGAAUGCCCAAGACCCAUGUCAGUUUCUCCACCAGAUUUCUCACCUAAAACUACAAAAUCAAGAAGCCCAGAGCACAAUGACAGAUCUCCUGAGCAGUCAACUAUGUCAGUAGAAUUUGGUCAUGAGUCCCCUGAGCAGUCUUUAACAAUGGACUUUAGUAGGCAAUCUCCAGACUAUCCUGCUGUAGGCACUAGUAUAUACCAUAUAUCUGAAAAUGGACUGACAGAAGUAGAUUAUAGCCCUUCAAAUAUACAGGAGCCAAUUUUUGCAUGGAAGACUUCCCCUGUGGAGCAGUCAUCUUACUCUCAGGAGAAGGAUAUUUCAGAAAUUAUUUCAGUUUCUCAAAUUGAAGCUUCAUCCUCGACUUCAUCAGCUCAUACACAUUCCCAGUUAACUUCACCACUGCCAGAAGAAACCUUUUCAGGUGUUGCUUCACCCAGACAUAUGUCACUACAUUCUUCUUUCACUUCAAAAAAGAUGCAGAGCCUAGGAGAAAAGCUUUCACCAAAGUCUGACCUGUCUCCAUUAACUCAAAGGGAAUCUUCUCUGUACUCUCCUAGUUUUCCAGAUUCACCCCCUGCAAUCACAGAAGCUGUGUCAGCUACUCACACAUCUUCAUUAUCUUUGCAAGUGUCCUCUCUCAAAGCAUUUAGUUACCUAGAACCCCUAACAAAACACAGUCCAGAAUCUUUAAUCAGCCCAGAAAAAGAAGAUUUAGAGAAAAGCAGCAGGUCACCAGAAGAACCUAGUUAUUCUUACAAGGUCUCAGAGAAAACGGUUGGGUUACCAGAGGAUAUUAGCUACUCCUAUGAGGCAGUUUCAACAUCUAGAUCACCUCAGUUCAGAGAUUAUUCCUAUGAGAUAAUUGGGAAAGCUACCAGAUCACCUGAUGCUAUGAAUUGCUCCUAUGAGACAACAGGGAAAGCCACCAACUCACCUGAAGCCACAGAUUUCUCAUUUGAGACAACUGGGAAAACCACCAGGUCAUCCAAAGCUACUAGCUAUUCCUAUGAAGCAAGUGCACAUUUUACUCCAGAAAAAUCUUUAGCACAAUCCCGUCAAGAUGUUGACUUAUGCCUUGUGUCCUCCUGUGAAUAUAAACAUCCUAAAACUGAACUUUCACCAUCAUUUAUCAACCCAAACCCCCUUGAGUGGUUUGCAAGUGAAGAACAGUCUCAAUAUCAAAAGAAACCAUUAACUCAAUCUAUGAGAUCUCAGCCACCUUCUGGGGAAAAGCAGCAAAGGUGGCAGUGUGAUGAAACUCCUCCCACAUCCAUGAGUGAGUCUGCCCCAUCUCAGACUGAUUCAGAUGUUCCCCCUGAGACUGAGGAAUGCCCUUCCAUCACUGCAGAUGCUAACAUUGAUUCUGAAGAUGAGUCAGAAACCAUUCUGACAGACAAGACAAUUACAUACAAACAAAUUGACCCUCCACCUGCCCCAAUCCAGGAUCACAGUCCUUCCCCUAGGCACCCUGACAUCUCCAUGGUUGAUCCAGAGAUUUUUCCCACUGAUCAGAAUUUGGGUAAACCUUUGAAGAAGGACCUCAAAGAAAAGGCAAAGACAAAAAAGCAGGAUACUAAGACCAAGCUGUCUUCUGCUUUUAAAAAAAGUGAUGGUAAAUCAAAGCAAGUGGCUUCACCAAAACCAGCUGCAAAGGAAUCUUUGGACAAAAAUUCCAAAACAGUUUCUCAAAAAAAGGAGUCUAAGGAGAAAGCAACCAAAAAUAUCUCUAAUCCAGAAGUAAAGUCUCGAGUGGAAGACAAAGAUAAGGACACCAAGAAUGCAGCAAAUACAACAACAUACAAGUCAGCAAAGACUGCAACCACAGGAGCUGGGAAUAGUAAGUCAUCAAAAUCUACAGCGGUGCCUCCAGGACCUCCAAUGUAUUUGGAUCUGGUGUACAUUCCCAACCAUAGCAAUAGAAAGAAUGUUGAUGUUGAGUUUUUCAAGAGGGUGCGGUCAUCCUACUAUGUGGUGAGCGGGAAUGAUUCUGCAGCUGAGGAGCCAAGCAGAGCUGUUCUGGACUCCCUGCUGGAGGGCAAGGCCCAGUGGGACAGUAAUAUGCAGGUGACCUUAAUCCCAACCCAUGACUCGGAAGUGAUGAGAGAAUGGUACAAGGACACCCAUGAGAAACAGCAGGACCUCAACAUUAUGGUUUUGGCAAGCAGCAGCACUGUUGUUAUGCAAGAUGAAUCUUUUCCCGCAUGCAAGAUUGAACUGUAAGAACGAGACCAUGCACUGCAAGAUUUAAUUUUUGUCCAGAAAUUCUUCAGUUUGAAAACACCUUUUCUAAAAAUUUAACCCAUCUAUUUCAGCUGCUGAACUGUAUACCUGCAAAAUGCUAUAUCCUAUCACAGUUUUGCAAGUCACAAAGAUUUUUUAGUCUUUGCUGAUUGCUAUGGGAAAUAACAGCAUUCCCAUAAUAGGGUCAAAAUUACUGUGAAAAUACAGAUCCAGUUUCAUCUUCACUGAAUGUUUGAAAACCAUGUACUAGCAACUCCAAGUGACUUAUGCCAGGUAGAGGCAUUUGCCCUCUAAAGAAUUACAAAGAGAGAAAAAGAGAGAAAAGGGUAGGAGGAGAAAGUAAUAAAUAAUUAGAUCUCCAGUAAUCUCAUGGCAACAGCUGUAUUACUUACUGUAGUUUAUGCACUCACAUGAAAAGGAGGUUUGAAAUGUGUAUAAAUCUGAGCUAUUGCAAAGGAGGUCCUUGCUUUACAGAAUUAGGUUAGCUGCAAAAUAAGCAGAAUGUGGCUAGGAAGUGAUGUAUAACCUAAAUGCUCAUUAGCAGUUUUCCACUUUAAUUUGAACUCUGCAUACUGACAUCCCAUAACAAUCACAGGCCAAAUAUGCAUGUAGUCUGAACCUCAUUGUGAAUUCUAAAACCUUUACUUCAACAUGCAAAAUUGUUGAUCUAAGGCAUGCUCCCAGCAAAAAUCCACUCACUCUAGUCAGAACUGACAAGUCCACAUGCUUAAAUACCCAUGUCCACUGUCAAUUAACUAAAACAAAAUACCAAAGCAGUUGGGAGUACAUACAGUAGACAAUUUGCCUUAGAAAGUGACUUGAAUGUACAGAGAAACUUGAUGCACUUAUUUUUUAAUGUUGACACAGCAAAUUUAUAAAACAUCUGUGUAGGAUCAUAGCUGAACCAGUAAAGUGUGAGUGUGCAUGAAGUGUAUACUAGAAUCCUAUCUGACUGAUCAAACAGCUUGAUGCUAUGAAGUACAUAUGUUAGUUCUGUGAACAAUUCAUUGAUACAUUGAUACACCAGGACAGCUCAACAAGGCAAGAUGAGCUUUUUUUUUUUUUUGCAAGGUUCUUUUGUACUGUGGAAGCAAGAUUGAAGUGGUCUUCACUAUCAGAGUUGCAAAACUUGGUAAAAUAUUCAGGAUUAUGAAGAUUAUCUGUGAGUCUGUACAGUAUUCAAUCUUCCUCUGUCUUACCUUAUUUGUUUAAUUUAAGAGCAUAUAUGGGUACAAACAUUCAGAAAACUUUUUUAAAGUGCUGCAUGAACUUUAAAUACAUUUUUAAGAAAAGUUUUCAUUUAAAGGAAAAUUCAAAGAAUGUUUUUUCAGGCCAAGGCAAUUUUUUUAGUAGUCUUGCAGGAUAAAUUAAUGUUAUUUAAAGUUCUAGUGAGAAUGGAUAUUGAGGUAAGAUUUGUUGACAAUAAUCAACUGCCUUUUUGGAAGCAGGGGGGAAGGAGGUCCCUGGUGGAAAAAUUAACCUAUUGAUGAUGACAGAAAAUGGGAUUUGAAAUGCUGGUUGCCUAAUAUUAACAAGAGUGUAACCUAUAUGUUCAAUCCCCCCAAGAUCUUGAAAAAGGAUAGAAUAAAUGAUAAGCUAAAAUAAGUUCCUUUCCUCCUUCUGUCUCUUCCUUUCUCCCUUCCCUUCCUUCUUUAGACUGCUUGCAGCAGAGAAGCAUGUAGAACAGUUAUGUCAUUUAAGACAGUUUGAACUUUUUAAUCUCAGAAGUUAUCCCAAUUAAAAAGUCUUGUUACGCUGUAGAAUGUUUGCAAAUCUGAAUUUAUAGAAGGUGUAAAAGCCUCCAAAAUAAAAAUAUGUGCUGGUCUGUACAAUUGACCAUUAUGGCUGGUAUUAAGCUUCACAAUGUAGUGAACUAUGACCUCAUUUUAUUUUCUUUACUUAUAAUUUGUUUUCAUUUUACAUUGUUAGGAUAUUUUUGUUUAAUAGGUAUGUGUUUACACUCCUAAUUUUUAUGAGGGGUUUUUUAGUAUUGCUUUAGGGCCCUUUAUAUGCGGGUUCGUGAGGCCUAUUUAAUGCUGUGAAUUACUGUUUGUCCAUUGUUGAGGUUUUUGAUUUAUUUUUAAUGGCUUCUUCAUUUUAGGUAUUUCUAACAAUGCUGUUUUAUUUAUUGCUAUACCUUUUAAGUAGUGAAGAACUUCACUCAGAAUUACUAUGGUAGAAAAAGCAGAUGAAAAUGUAUUGUGAAAACAAGCAUGUUUGUUGGGCUCAUUCACUUAAAAUGGCUUUUGCAAUACAUAGUCUUCCAAGUUAUAGGCAAAAUAUUUGGAAGAACAAUUGUGUUGCCAUUGAGUUAGGAACGGCUGAAGGAAAGCGACAUUGACUCCAUGCUCAGGAGGCAUAAAGCAAGCUUUAUUAGGAACUUAACAUAUUUUAUAGGCAGGAUCAUUCACCCAGAACCUGAUUGGUUCUUAACAACACCCCUCACACCACUGGUUAAUUAGGAACAACACCUUCUUUCCAUAAACAUCACGUAUAAGCAUUCCACAUGUUCACAAACACCAGGUGCAGAGACUAAGAUAAGAAUUGUUUAAAUUAUUUUCUCUGAGUGUUCUCACAGCUUUCCCCAGGAUGGUGCCUGGGAACGCUAUCUGUUUCUCUCUCUAAACUGUCGCAUCCACAUAAUUGUACAAUUUUUACAAUUCUGCUUUGUCUACAUUCUUAUACAGGUCAGAUUUCAAACUUUUUAAGUGGGUGGGAACUAAUUUUCUGAUAAUAUCUGAAAUGGUUUGUACCUCUGCUUUGGUAGAAAAUAUAAGUACAGCAAUGGUCCUGAGUCUAAUCUCAUUUAUGCCACUUAUUCUUGUGAAUCAAGAGCAAUUUCACUACAAUCAGGGAAGUUACGGUCAUUAGGUCCUACUGUAAAUAAAAUAAUAAUCAAGCCUUAAAUCUCUCCAAGUAAGUUUGUGAUGGGUCAAGCAUUUAUUUUACUUUAAAAUAAUAAUUACGCAGUUACAGCUGUUGUUAAAAUAUUUAUUUAUCUUUUGCUUUACAAUAAUAUUAAAAACCCAGUCUUACUAUUCUGAGUUAUUGUAAUGCCUGUUCCAUCCAUUCCCUUUUAAAUGUUAAUCAUGCCUGGGUGUAACACAGCAAUGAACUCCUCCAUUAGCUCCUCUUGCCUUUAUGUCUUUCCUGCCUGUGGAACUAAUCUAACUGUACUAAUGACUACACAAUCAGUUUAGAAACAGAAAAAUGUUCCGUGUACAUUAAUGAUGAGUACUGUUGAUCAGCAUAGAUUUCUAGGAGCAUGGUCUCUUAUUGAUUAAUUAUAAAGAUUCAAUAAGACACACCAUUUAAAUGAUGGUAUUACCCAUAACAGAAUGCCUAGUCAUGAUCUUCAUGCUAUUACUAUACUGCUUCAUAAAAUUCAAUGAAGAAUCAUUUUAGAGGUCACACCCCACUCCUGAACUUAGACAGGGCCUCUCUUUCAUGCCUUUUCAAAGUCCUGUGGAGGGCCUGACUUCAUUGACCUCUAAUUUUCAUGCCAUCUUUCAUAAAAUUAAUUUUUGAUUUUUUUUUUUAUUAUCUUGCAUACUCUGCUGAGUGGAGCUAACUGCAUAUAUGAAUGGGUUUUUUAAAUUGUCUACAAUAGCUUAGGCAUUUUAGGAGAGGUCUGGUACUCAUUUACUAAGAUUGAAUAAACUUUUUAAUUUGAAUUUUCAAUCCAUCCUACCACAAGAAAAUCAUCUCCAAAGAACACUUACUGUGCAUAUAGGAUAUUUCUGUCAUAUGCUUCUCUUUGUUCUUUUGUUGCAAAAGGUUCUUGCUAUGAUGUUUUGAGAGAAAUAGUAAGUUUGUUUCAAAUUUAAAAAAAAGUCUGUUGUUAAUUUACAAAAUAAAUCUAAAAAAAAGUAACUAGAUAAAACAAUGGCAUAAAAAUUCUGAAACAAAAAAAAGGAGAAAUAACCCAGCUUCUCUGCUCUAGACUAUCUAGGAGGUUCAGAUGGCAAAGCUAACUCUGCGGGACUGGGCUGAAAUCCCAAUUUUAAAAGAGGAAAUCUGAAAUAUGCUUUCACUCAUUUGCAUGCAGCCAUCAUCUUCCAAACUAUGGAAAGAAAUAGUCUUCUUGCUGGCUGAGAAGCACCUCACAUACCCCCUCUCUUGUUCUGAAUGGUGUUUGUGUCAGUCUGCAGCUAUGUAUGGUAUUAUGUCUUAUAAUUCUGCAUCACUUCUAUCCAGUCAUAUCUAAUGUAGAAAAUUAGUUUCCAGUGAAAGUAAUAUGCAAUGCUUUUAUUAUAUUUGAGUGCAAUGUCCCCUCUUCCACUGAGCAUAUUUGAUGUAAAAGAAAAAACACAGUUCCACAAUAAAAUACAAAAGUAGUAAAGCAGUAUUGACAUUUCUUGUUGUUGUGUAAGUACUUGUAAGUUUUCCCUUUGCUUCAGUCAUGAUUACCUACUAUAUGGGCUUUUUAUCAAAAGUUCAAUGACUAUUUAAAUGCUAGAUAAGAACUAAUCUUUAUUUAGAAACUGAAAAAUAAAUUCUAAAAAUUAGUUUUAUCUCUUGUGAUGAAAAACAUUACCAUUUUAACAUUACCAAACUCAAUUUAUUAUGCCUAGUGUUGUUCAUCCUUUGCCUGUUUUGAGAAGUAGAAUUC